AUGACCUUUAUAUUGGCCUUAAAUACAUUGAUGAUCUCAAAUGAAGCACAUCCAGUCUCAAAUGAAGCACAUCCAGUCCCAAAUGAAGCCCAUCCAGUCUCAAAUGAAGCACAUCCAGUCCCAAAUGAAGCCCAUCCAGUCUCAAAUGAAGCACAUCCAGUCCCAAAUGAAGCCCAUCCAGUCUCAAAUGAAGCACAUCCAGUCCCAAAUGAAGCCCAUCCAGUCUCAAAUGAAGCACAUCCAGUCCCAAAUGAAGCCCAUCCAGUCUCAAAUGAAGCACAUCCAGUCUCAAAUGAAGCACAUCCAGUCUCAAAUGAAGCACAUCCAGUCUCAAAUGAAGCACAUCCAAUCUCAAAUGAAGCACAUCCAGCCUCAAUUAAACCACAACAAAUCACAGUUGAACUACAUCUAGUCCCAAAUGGGCCACACCCAGUAUCAGAUGGUACACAACAAAUCACAGUUGAGCCAGACUUUUUCUCAAAUGAAUCACAUUCAGUCUCAGUUGAACCACACCCAAUCUCAAAGGAACCAAACCUGAUAUCAAACAAACCAAACUUGAUCUCAAAUGAACCGCACCCUUCCUAA